CCCAUCGCUUCUGCUUCGCCUCUUAUCUCCUCUCUUCUCAUCCCACACCAUGGAUACUAAGCUUCAUCCUGCCUCCACUGUCAAUAAUAUCAAAAGCCUUAUCCCCGUAACCCUCGAGAUGGAUAGCGGCCUUUAUGCUUCCUGGAGCGAACUUUUUCGCCUCCACUGCCGUGCAUUCCAAGUUAUUCAGCAUCUGUCCCCGAAGCCCACCGCUGAAUCGUCUUCGUCAAAGGAACCUGACAAAGAGAAAGACAAAUCCACCCAACCAGUCGACGACUCGUGGGAUCGACUGGACGCUAUUGUCUUGCAGUGGAUUUAUGCGACCAUAUCAAGUGAUCUUCUACACACUAUUCUAAAACCCAAUGCUACCGCGCACGAAUCAUGGGUGGCUCUCGAAAAUAUUUUUCACGACAACAAAAGUUCCCGGGCUAUUCACCUUCGGCACAAGUUCUCCAACACACGUCUCAGCGGCUUUCCGAAUGUUUCUGCAUAUUGUCAACAGUUGAAGGUUCUUUCUGAUCAACUCGCAAGUGUCGGAGCUCCAGUCGAUAAUCAGAGUCUUGUUCUUCAACUCAUCAGUGGGUUGAACGAACAAUAUGAGGGAAUCGCCACUAUCCUCCAAAAUCAGGAUCCUCUUCCCAGCUUCUAUGAUGCUCGUUCUAAACUUAUUCUGGUGGAAUCUCGUAAAGCUGAGCAAGCCCUUCAAGCAUCUCAAACCGCCGGUACCGCACUCAACGCCAACGCUUCUCGAUCAACUGCCAAUACCCACGGACCGGGUGACUACCGCUCCGACGGCCAAUAUGGUGGUCGCGGCCGUGGACGAAACUCGCGUGGCAGAGGACGUGGCCGUAACUCGGGUCGCGGGCGUGGUAACAACAGCCACAGUUCAUGGCCAAACUGGAACUCUUGGACAAACCCAUGGACUACACAGUGGGCCGCCCCUCCUCCUUGGGCCUCCCAGCAGUGGGCCGCACCUACCCAGCAGCCAUGGGCCAGUCCCCCACAGAAUCAACAGUGGGCUGCCCCUUCUUGUCCAUACCCGACACUCAACCCCACUCCUAGCGGUCCAUCCUCUGCUCAAGGAAUCCUUGGAUCUCGGCCCACUCAGGCCCAUCAUGCCGCAUAUACGCCUACGGACAUUGAACAGGCAAUGUAUACCAUGUCUCUGAACCAACAUGAUCCGAUACCGGUAAUGGACACUGGCGCUACGACCAACAUGACUAACACCCAAGGACUACAAGACCUGGAUCCCUAUCCUACGAUGCAACAGCAGCGGUGAUCUAUACCCGUCAUUGCUCGGACCGGGAAGCACAACCAAUCCCUCCACUUUUGCAGCUAUCUCU